UGAUAAUGUACCUGUACAUUUGGUCUGUGUGAAAGAAUAACAAGAGGCCACUUAAAAAAAGUCACAUUUUGAGGCUUGGACACCAUAAGAACCACAGAUGAUGGAAGAAGAAUCAGUCACUGAAUCUGAAUCUUCGAGUUCAGAGAGCAGUUCAGGAUCUGACUGGAGCGAGAAUGAAAGAAAGAAAAGACAACAAGGGAGAAAAUCGAAAAUGACAAAACGAAAAUAUUCUAGACAGUCAUUAAAGAAACGGAUGGAAAAAAAAUCUCAUCUUCCGGUUACAUGUGGGGAUAAAGGGGGUUACCUGUAUUUGCAGAAGUUUUCUAACGAUAAGAAAUGCAUUUUGAGUGAAGGUCGGUGGUUUAAUCCCAGUAAAUUUGAAAAGUUUGGAGGGAAGGAGAAGAGCAAAAAGUGGAAGAACAGCAUCUAUUACCGCGAUGUUCCACUCCAGAAACUCAUAGAGGAUGAAUGUAUUUCAUGUCCAGUCUUGAAGAAAAGAAGAAAUCAGCAUGAAGAGAGUGAAUCUCGUGAAAGCUCACCUGUCGCUGACAGACUCAGAAAAACAAAGAGUGAAUCUCGUGAAAGCUCACCUGUCGCUGGCAGACUCAGAAAAACAAAGGCUAGGAGAAAGCUGUUUCCCUCUGACUCUGAAUCAGAAUACAGUGUUCACAAUGAGAACAAUCACAACGACAACAGUAACGAGGAUAUCAUUUACGUUACCGAGUUUAAAGAUCCAACCCUACCGGUUACUUCCAGCUCACUCACUGGCCAUGUACACAAAAACCGCUUUGGUAAAGACCAAAAGUUAAUUCCCUCUGACAUGGAAAAGGUAAAGGCCACAGAAACGAAACAAGCCCUCAUCAGUGGCCCAACUUCUAUUCCAAAGAUCCCUCAACCUGACACUGCACCACAAGUACCUCCACAAGGUCCCCUGUGAAACAGCCGUCACCAACACCAUCACCCAGUCAGUGUAAUACAACUACCACCAGGCCCCCGGUUCCACCUAACCCCAGUGUCAGUGCCCCAGUGUCUGCCACUCUCCAAACAAGUGAAGACAUCCAAAGGUCAUCUACCUCCAUCCAGUCAGACAGCCAUGAAUCCCAACAAGAAAUAGAGUUAUUUGGCUCGGGGAUUGGAACUGCACCACCCAGCAUAUUUUUGGAAGAGACAUCCUCUCAAAACAAAACUACUACAUCUCAAGACCAACAACCCCCUCCUCCUCAGGACCUGCCGGCUGAGGAUAAGCAGCCUGGAACCUCAGCAACCAAUCUUAACAACAGGCAGAGGAGGCAAACACAAUCCUCUCAGUUUUUGGAGGCGCAUGAAGCACAUGCAGUAAAAAGGACUGCUGUGCUCAAGACCAUGGUAAGGCCUGGGUUGAGGAGAUGGCAACUGAAGGCAAAGCAUAGGCGAUCCUUUGAAAGAAAGAUCUGGACCAGCAUGGGAACAAUUGUGAAAGAGCUAAAAAAAAUAAGUAAACAUCAAGAGCAAAUUGUACAAAACCAACCUCAAUAAUAUUUUUCAAAAAUAAACUUUGCAUUUUGACUUUCUAAAAUGUCUACUGCCUAUACAAAUGUAUUCCUUCACAUAUUCCCUGUCGUUGGAAUUUUUCCCAUGUAACACAAUUUUAAAGGACAAAAACAAAUGUUAGAAAAUAUACAGUACACUCUGGGGCUAUUGUGGGGAUUUCUGCCUGGAUUUGGCCUACCCAAAUUCAAAAGCUUCCCAUUCCCACAUGCAGAGGUUUACAUACAAAAGUUUGGUGUCAUUUUACAGGCAACUCUUUGAAAUUACAUUAAAAAAAGUUGAAAGUGCUAAACAUGGUUCAAUGUGUUGUCAGUCCUCUAAUAAACACAAACAUAAAAAGGUGCUGUAUUUGAAAGUGUAUAACUCUGGCCCUGAGUGCUCUAGAAACCUGAAAUACAAACCAAUUUUAGAGAAAACUCCUGUUGUUUUAUGUUGUGAAUCUCAUGUCAUGUCUGUGUUGUGAGAAGCACUUACAUUAUACAGUACAGUAUACAGCGAAUCAGACGUUAAUCAUCACUCUCGUCACCUGUCACAUCUCACCCCUCCUCUUCUGGAGUCAGAAGAAUCUGAGGUCUCUUCGUGCCAUUCACAUCCCAGGCUUGCUCAACACAGCGGCAGAUUAAAACCUCAGACUUGGGGCCUCAUUUAUAAAGCGUGCGUACGCACAGAUUUGAUCGUAAAGUUUGCGUACGCAAAAAUCCACGGCAAAGUCCAUAUUUAUAAAAAUUGUCUUUGACGUGGAAAAGUGCUUAGCGCCACGUCAGGGUCUGAGCAGACGUACGCACUUUUGCUUGUCUGAUUGCUGCAGGUUUUUGGAAAUAUAAGGCAAUCUUGCUGCUCGAAAUUUGUCUUAAACAUUGAGAAGCGCUCUUUUAUAUGUCUGUGACAUUAAUAAGGCAUCGUUUAAAGGCGGAGAUCUGAAACUGCUCGGCUGCGCCAGGUUCAAGUUCAUUUGUAAUUUAUGGAUUUGAAAGAGGUACGCGCGUUUUCUGCACGUACGUUCGGUUUAUGAAUCACACGUACGCAUUUUUGUUAAAUGAUCGCAAGAUCAAAUGUAGGAUGGUUUUUACGCAGCAUUUUAUAAAUGAGGCCCCAGCUCUUUGUCUUUUACGGUGGUCAGCAGAAAGGGAAAGCUGUCACCAAGCAGAGGAUGUCCCAUUGGAUUGUGGAUACGAUAGCCCUUGCAUACCAAAAGCAAGACAUUCCAUGCCCAUUUAAUUUAUGUGCUCACACACUACAAGAAGUGUUGCAUCAUCUUGGAUCUUCUACAGUACAAGUGACAGUCCAAGGGAUGCUGGAAUUGUUAUCGAGGCCUUAAAAGUGGGCAUGCUUUAUCCUCCUUGAAUUGGACUGGAUCUAUGCAUUGAAUCUCCAGUAUCCCAGGCAUCUAAAGUAUAUCUUUUGAGGUGUUUCAGAAACUUUUCUUGGAGCUGGAUUCUUCAAAGUUUAUAAACAGAUUACAGUACCUCAAGUCUAAACUGCUGUCUUAAAAUAAGAGGUUUUGAGUGUCAAUUAAUGUAGCAGAACACAAACAUGAAACCUUUUGUAGUUAGAAAGGUGGAGGGUUUUCUUUAAAGACUGUAAAGUACUUUUUGAAGUUUACAAAUACAGAGUUAAAAAUGAGAUGCUUUCCUGCUCUUUUGACUGUAAUAAAAUAAGGAUUGAUUAAUCUUUGUCAUUUUAAAACUACAAACCACAUAGUUCAACCACAUACUGUAACAUGCAGAAUGAAAGUACAUGAAGCACCUAAAGGGAUAAUCUUUGUCAUAAUUUACUCCCUCUUGUGUUGUUGUAAACCUGUAUGAGUUUCAUUAUUUUCUCAAACCGAAAUGAAUAUAUUUUGACAAAUUGAGUUCCUAGUAUUUGCUUUUUCUACUAUGGAAGUUAAUGGGGACAGUCAACUGUGUGCUUA